AUGCUCCCGUGGCACAAGUGCAGGUUCCUCACCGAGGUCAUGGUGAGCAGGAGUUCGGUUGGCUGCGCCUUGACGACCUACCUUGGUGUGGAGGGCCUCAAGAGAACGUUCGAACGCAUCAACCCUUCCCAUAACGUGUCGGUCGCGGAGUGGUUCAAAACAAUGCUCCUCGCUCAGAUUGCAACGCAGAUCGCUGAUCUUGACAAGGCAACAACAACAGACUUUGAUAGCAAGGCGAACCUUCUCUCCACGGAUUUGUCCAGGGUCAUUGAUUUCCUUCACCCUGAGUACAUUACCCUGGUCGGCGAUACCAUUGAUUGCGUGCGGCACAUCAACACCAUCGUCCUGGUCACCGUCAAUCCUUCCCAAGUGUCGUCCAAGAGGGUUGGCGAGUCGGUCAGCUUCGUCGAGACUAACAAAGCGAUGGCUGGGAUCAAGCAGGUGAUGCAUUUCGGCGCCACCGCUGUCGCACUCUACGCUUCCGCUCAGAACUUGCUUGCCCUGACCGCCAAAGACUCGCUGGGCGACAAGAAGAUGCUCCGCGCUGUUGAAAUUAUCGAGGACACGUCCAUGAUGCCGACCUUCGUGCAGAAACUUGCGGAGAGCGAGGCCGAGGGCACUGAGUGGCAUGCCCAGGGCUUCGACGAUAUCGCAUCGAUGAUGGUGUUCGCUAAUAUCGAUGAGUCCGUAGACCACUUGUGCGAGGCUGUGAAGCUGUGGGACAGGAGGCGCACUGAGGAGCAGAUUGCUACAGUGGGUAACUUCUUCAAUCUGACAUUCGACGUGCUCGCGCGCAUCGACUGCAUGAUGGUAUGCUGCCUGGCGGGCGGUUGCUUUGCGACUGGGAUCGGCGAGCUGCUCAAGGCAGAUUUUAGCGCCGACGGGACCGCCAUCAACGUUGCAGGUUACUCUGGUUUGGCCCAAUCUAUCCAGCACGCCGUCGUGUCGAGUGAAAAUUCGUUGACGUCUUCUCUUUCGCGUAUCUGUCGGCUGAUCGACCAGUUGCCUCAAGUAUUGAAGGACCCCAUGGAGCCGAGCCCCACGGUGUUGUUGGACAACUUGAAGGUCUUUGACACGAAUGUCUGCGUCCGCGAUUCCAUUGUGAAGAUCAUCGAGGCAUUGGGUUCGUUAACAUCCGUGGGCACUAGCUCCCAAGCCCUGCAGAGCUGGGUAAAGUCUCAGUCGGCUGGUUCGGAUACUUCGUCCUCUCUUCAAGUAUACAUCAACGUUGUGACACUGGCUGACAAGGUCGAUGCGCUCAAGUUCCAGUCGCCUGAAUGUCUCUCAGGCGAGCGCGACCCGAUCGUGGUCUCCUCCAUCGGCAGCGGUGCGACCUCAACUUCAGCAUCGGUCGUCCAAGCCUACGGCCUCGCCGACGUCGUUACGCAGCUCCCGCUCAUUAGGGCUCUGCGGGGAGUUCUCGACGGCGCAUUCGAGGAAUCGUUGACUAAGUUUUCAGGCGCAGUUGGGUUCGACGGGCUCCUGAUUCCGAAGGCCAUGUCGGAAAUGCCAGCUCAGUGGGUGCCAGCCGUCGAUUGUUUCUGCACGUCGGAGUUUGCGAAGACGGCCAAUGACAAUGUGUGCAAGGCCCUUGGUUCCGCAAGCCAGGCUUGGGCAUGUGACCAGGUCUGCUCCGCCGUGGGCUCGCUCGUGACGGUGCUCAAUCGUGGAUCUGUUCACCUGGACUUGCCCAUCGUCGGGUCUGCUGGCUUGAAGGUUUGCUGCGCCGUUCCCGACGACGCGUUCCAGAUCUUGAUCAAGCUCUGGUGUGACAUGCACAAGGUUGCAUCGUUGAUUGCUUUUCCCAGCGCGCGGUUCUUGGGUGACUGCUCCACCAGCGGCGCCACGGAGAGCGUUAUGAAGAAUACCGAGCUGAAGCCCGAGAUCACCAAGGCCGUGGACCUCUGCAGGGAUCACAUCGCUAUCGGGACGGAGGCAUUGGAGAAGUUACAGGAUUCCCAUGCUAGUUCAUUGGCUGACCUGUCCCCCACGUGCGCUCAGAUGAUCGACUUCUUACUUGCCGCCGAGAAGACCAUCGGCUUUCAAUCCGAGGCUAUAUUCGGCAAGAUGCUCCAAGUCUGCGUGGACGAGAGCCUGGAGCUUCAGAAGGUGACGCCAAUUUACGGCAAUCUGAUUUCAGAUGACACGUUCAAUCGGUCCAUGGCCAAGUCUCACGUUCACAACCAUGCUAACAAAGACGUCUUGAACGAGAAGACCGUGAGGAUGUACCACUGCCUGUCUUCCCUCGGCAGCGUGUUCAACGCGUGGGCUGUCGAGGACAGCUCUGACGGCAGCGAGAUCAAAGAGAAGAUUGACAUGGUGAACACCACGUACGUGUCGGCCAGGAGGGCCGUGACGGUGAUCGCAAGCCUCACAGUUGUUUUCACGCUUCGCGGCCAGGCCAAGUCAGACGAGGCCGACUACUUGUUAAAGAACAAGGCUUCGGACAUCCCUCGUGCGCUCCUCAGGGAGCUCGAGAAGCUCGUGGCCGCUGGCAG